AGAGAAGAAGAUACAAAAUCAGAAUGAGAAUGUUGUGCAGGAACGCAUCCAGCUUAUUGCUUCUACUGGUUUUCCUGCUGGCAACAAAUUGUGUGUACAUUGAAGCUCAAAAAUGCCGCGCAAGUGGUGUGGUCAAAGGCAAAAAGGCACCUCCUGGACAGUGUAACAAAGAGAAUGAUUCAGAUUGUUGUGCAGACGGCAAAUUCUAUCCAGUUUACAAGUGUUCACCACCGGUGUCUUCCCGCACAAAGGCACAUCUCACACUGAAUAGUUUCCAGAAAGGUGGGGAUGGAGGUGGCGUCUCAGAAUGUGACAAUCAGUAUCAUUCUGAUGACACGCCUGUUGUUGCACUCUCCACAGGAUGGUUCAACCACAAGAGUAGAUGCCUCAAGAACAUCACCAUAAGUGCCAAUGGACGUACUGUGGUGGCCAUGGUCGUUGAUGAGUGUGAUUCCACAAGAGGGUGUGAUGCAGACCAUGAUUACCAGCCUCCCUGUGAUAACAACAUUGUUGAUGCCUCCAAGUCUGUCUGGGAAGGAUUGGGAAUUCCCAAAAAUCAGUGGGGCUGGUAUGAUAUCACAUGGUCUCAAAAAUGUCGCCCAAGUGGUGCGGUCAAAGGCAAAAAGGCACCUCCUGGACAGUGUAACAAAGAGAAUGAUUCAGAUUGUUGUGCAGAUGGCAAAUUCUAUCCAGUUUAUAAGUGUUCACCACCGGUGUCUUCCCGCACAAAGGCACAUCUCACGCUGAAUAGCUUUGAGAAAGGUGGAGAUGGAGGUGGCCCCUCAGAAUGUGACAAUCAGUAUCAUUCUGAUGACACGCCAGUUGUUGCACUCUCCACAGGAUGGUUCAACCACAAGAGUAGAUGCCUCAAGAACAUCACCAUUAGUGCAAAAGGGCGUAGCGUGGUGGCCAUGGUGGUUGACGAAUGUGAUUCUACAAGAGGGUGUGAUGCAGACCAUGAUUACCAGCCACCCUGUGAUAACAACAUUGUUGAUGCCUCCAAGGCUGUCUGGGAAGGUUUGGGAAUUCCCAAGAAUCAGUGGGGCUGGUAUGAUAUUACAUGGUCUGAAGCUUAA